AUGGUCCUAGAAAAAGAUAAAAAAUUACAAGGGAAAAUCGUCGCCAGUGAUCAAAACUUAGACGUCGAAAGUGAUGACAACUCUGGUGAGCUUCAAAGAAAACACUCCUUCGAUGUUGAUCCCUUAAAGAGAAACAAUGACUAAGAAGGAGGCAGAAAAAUUUUCAAGCCCUCAACGAAGAAGCAAAUGCAACUUACAUUUGAGAACAUUGUCAUUAGAACUGUCCCAAAGGUUAAAAAAUGCUGUAAGGGUCCUAAUUAUGAACCACCCAAGGCCAAAAGCAUUCUUAACGAUGUCUCUGGUACCAUUCUACCAGGUCAAUUUUUAUCCAUCAUUGGUGCUUCUGGUGCUGGUAAAACAACUCUUUUGAACUUUUUGUCUGGAAGAGAAAUUAGUUAGAACUUGUUAAAGACAGGAAAGAUCUAUGUCAAUGGUGUUGAUAGAGACAAGAUGAAAGGAUUUUCAGCAUUAUCAGCCUAUGUUCAGCAAGAUGAUAUUUUGUUUUAGACCAUGACAGUAAGAGAAUGUCUUGAGUUUGCUGCAAAGCUAAAACUCAGUGGCACUUAUGAUGAGAAGAUCAACAGAGUAGAAGAGAUUGUGAAGGAACUUAGACUUAAUAAGUGUUAGAAUACUAAGAUUGGAGGUCCUCUUAUAAAGGGAGUCUCAGGAGGAGAGAGAAAGAGAACUUCUAUUGGAGUCGAAUUAAUUACCGAUCCUUAGUUGAUUUUCUUAGAUGAGCCCACCACUGGUCUUGACUCAUUUACUGCCACAUCAGUUAUGGAGACACUUAGAGACUUAGCCCAAACUGGAAGAACAGUCAUCUCAACCAUCCAUCAGCCAAACUCAGAUAUUUUCGAAAUGUUCGAUAGGCUCAUGCUAUUAGCCCAAGGAAAAAUUAUUUAUUUCAACGAAGCCAGACUAUCCGUGGAUUAUUUCGCAUCAAUUGGACAAAGAUGUCCAGAGCUAAGUAACCCAGCUGACUAUUUCAUGAGUAUGAUGAGUAUUGAGAGUCACGAGGAGGAAGAUACCGAAGAUAAAUAAGCAUUAAUGAGAUCUCACACUUAAAUUUUAGAAUAAUACACCCAGAAGAUUGACUUCUUUGAUUAGAGUUAUCAAAACUCAAGCUUGAAAAACGACUACACUUUCAGAGCUCCGAAUAUCAGCGAAGUGUCUGAUGCCGAUAUUAAUAAUCAAUAGACUGGAUGGUGCUACUAACUUGGUCUACUAAUCCAAAGAAACUUCUUAAACACACUUAGACUCCCAUAAACUUCAUAUGUCAAGGUUAUUGUUACUGUCAUCACUGCUAUAUUCACAAUUAUUCUUUUCCAAAACUGCGAUGGAACUCCAUAAGGAGUUCAAAACAGAAAUGGUGCCCUCUUUUUCAUGACUAUGACUAUUGCAUUCAAUGCCAUCCAAAAUAUUAUUCUUAUUUUCCCAGAUGAGAGGCCUGUAUUCCUAAGAGAAGUUAAUAAUAAUAUGUACUCAGUUACUGCGUAUUUCUUUGGUAAAGUUAUUGCUGAGAUUCCAAUCAGUAUUAUCACGCCUGUUCUGUUCGGAUGUAUAGUAUAUUUCUCAAUUGGUCUUAGUACAGCUCACUCAUACACUUUCCCAUUAUUCCUUGGCAUCCUUAUAUUGAUAUAUUGUACUGGUGGAAGUUACGCUCUCAUUAUCUCAUCUAUAUUCUCCGAUAAGUAACUCGCAGUCACACUAACUCCAGUCCUGAUCAUUCCAUUCAUGUUGUUCGCAGGAUUUUUCGUCAAUUAAGAUAACAUCCCAAUCUGGCUUAUUGAGUUCCAAUAUUUGUCAUUCUUCAAGUAUGGCUACUAAGCUCUAUUUUUGUGCAUGCAUGAGACAGAAGUUUCAAAGAAAUGCAACCCAGUCAGUGAUUUCAACUCUCCAGAGACCCUUGGAGAAUCAAUCAUCGCCCUAGCUGCAAUGUUCGUAGGAUGCUAUACUAUCUCACUCUUCAUCAUGAAAAUGCUUUCAAAGAAAUAUGAAUGA